AUGUCCACCACUCCGCAAACCCUCAAAGACAAGGUCGCCAUCAUCAGCGGCUCCUCUUCUGGAAUUGGCGCCGCCAUCGCCCGCGAACUCUCCGCCCGGGGUGCCCGUGUGGUCAUCAAUUACCCCUUCCCCAGCCUGAAACCGCAGGCCGAACGCGUGGUCGGCUCGUUACCCUCGCCCGCCAUCGCCGUCGAAGCCGAUAUGUCCACCACCCCCGGCCCGGGCCAACUGGUCUCCGCCACCAUGGCCAAAUGGGGCCGGCUGGAUAUCGUGGUGAACAGUGUCGCGGUGGCGGUCAACAAGCCGCUGGAGGAGCAGACCCUCGACGACUGGGACGCGUUGGUGAAUCUCAACGGACGGGGCACGUUUCUUCUCACACAGGCGAGUCUGAAGCAUCUGACGAGAGGCGAAGGGAGGAUUGUAAAUAUCUGCAGUCUCAGUGCGAGGGCGCCGCCGCCGAACCAGACCAUCUAUGCUGGUACCAAGGGGAUGGUGGAUUCCUUUACGAAGUGUUGGGCAAAGGAGCUUCCUCCUAAGUAUGGCUGUACGGUCAACGCCGUCAGUCCCGGGCCGACGAAGACGGAGGGGUUCGCUGCGGCGGGGGAGGAGCAGAUGAGGAUUCUGCAGCCAACGAUCGACCAGACGCCUGUUGGGCCGAGGAUGGCGCAGCCGGAGGAGAUUGCCUGGGCCGUGGGGUUUCUGUGCGAGGAGCGGUCACGGUGGAUCAACGGCGUGCAUUUGGUGGCUUCCGGGGGGUUGUUUGUAGAUUGA